AUGAGCCCACUGGCAUAUCGACGCAGGUUACGGGAGGAUGUGUGCGCUCAUGCAGAAGGACGGUUGAUCGGGGAGCUCACGGCAGCUGGGCAUGAGAUCCCUUCUGGCAAUGAGAUAAGGAAACCGCCCGAGCCUGAGGUGAUAGGUGAUGAGGUGGAGGAUAGGGAGUGGAGAGCGGAGAUGGCAGAACGGAUGCAUAGGCUGGAGGUUCGCAAUGAGGGUCAGGCAGUGGCUAUUGCCAAGCUCGAGAGGCAAUUGCGUGAGCUGAUGCUUUCUCGUACUCCGCAGCAUGGCGUAGACGGUGAGGCUGCAGGGGAGGGACAUGGUGAUGUGGCAGGGGCCGGUGGAACUGGUGAACCUGCACGUGUGGAAGUCAUGGGUGGGGACAAUGCUGGCACACAUGACAGCAACCCAGGUGCACAUGGUGAGGGUCCUGUGGCUGCCGUUGAGACUAGUGAAGGUGGGAAGGUGCGUGAUGAAGGUGCCGGAGGCUUGUUGGGUACUACGGAUGGUAAUAGAGGUGCUAGAGAGGCCGUGGGUACUGGGCAUGGUGUGACUGCCUCGAAUGUGGAUGUGGAUUUGGUGUCCGCAUACAGCACAGGGACUGAGACGACGAGUCGCAACACUGCGCGUGGUCGAGCUCCUAGCUCAGGUUAUACUGGUAUAAGCAGACGGGAAGGUAAGUGGGCGGUACGAAUGUGCCUAGAUAACAAGUGGUUGGCGCUGGGACGGUAUACCGAGGUCUUGGAUGCCGCAAAAGCAUUUGCAGCAGCCGCCCACAUCUGCCUACCGUCCAUCUCCAGCUCGAAGAUGGUGCAGUUGAGCGUGGAGGAGAGGAGGUGUUUGGAGGGUCUGACGUCGCAAGGGGUUGAGAGGAUUGUGGAUGCGAAGCGGUGGGCAGAGUGGAGGAACUGGCGUGAAGUGCUCAGCAGCCUCCCUGAGCCUUCCACCGCAGCGCCAGCAGGAGUUCACACACAGGCUCCACCUCUCUUAUCCCACCAGCACCCAGGAGCCACGUUUGGCAACUACCACCCGCCAGCCGCCGCCUUCGCGGGACCCGCAGGCCAUUCCGCAGCACAAAACACGGCACCCCAUCCGCAUGUCCUACCCACACCACCAGCCGUUGCACCCAGCACGGCACAUCCAGAUGGCAAGCAGCAGCAGCAGCAGCAGCGGAAACAGCAGCAUGCGGAUGGCAUUGGUUCACCUGCUCUGGCAUUCGGAGGGCUGUCGUCUGACGAGUGCAGCAUCGUGUUCUUCUCACCCAAUGCCACCUGCUGCCACCCACCAGCUCCAACGCACCACUCAUCUGCACUCACCCCGGAACCAGACCCUGCUUCCCAAGCCGCCACCUUCUCUGCUUCUGCUACUGCCUCUUAUUUUCCGUUCCCAUGUGAUGCCUCCUUCCCCGUUGCUGCUGCCUCCAAUGCCGCUGCCCUGAGCCUUCCAGUGAAGCAAGCAAGAGAGGACUGCCCCGGGCAUGGGGCAGACCAAGCGGGGCUGGGUGGAGGUGGGGUUGAGACGGGGGUGGUGCGCAGCAGGAAGCGGCAGGCUCAGUCCGUGGCAGAGCAGUUCCAGCAGCAAGGGGAGAGCAGGCGCGUGCAGGACGAGGAAGCAGUCCUUCUGGAUGCUUUGCUGCUGGAGGAGCAUCGCCAGCUGCACGGAGGAGGAGGGAGGAGGCGAGUGCAAUCAGCGCUGUGGCCGUAUAUGGAGUGGGAGAGCGCCCUCCCAGAUGACGUGCUGCGGGGUUUCAGCAGCCUUGAUGCCGGCGUCACCACACCGCAUGCACCAGUGCCAGCGCCACUGCCCACCCCACUCGCUGCUGCGCUGGCUGGUUCUGUAAGCGGCUUGCACACGCACGCUCACGCACUCCACCCCAAGCGGCUUGCACACGCACGCUCCCAUGCAGCCCCGCCAUGCCUUGCUGCAGGAGCCCUUGGCCGCCGGUGCUUUACCAGCUCUCAAGAACCUGGCGUUACCUCAGCCUGA